AUGAAUCCUAAAUAAUUAUCAAAGGUUUAUAGAAAUGACUUGGAAAAUAGUUUUAUUAGAAAAUUUUAAAGAUCUUUCUUAAAUUUGGGUUUGAAAUCUAGUCAGACUACUAGAGUUCAAAUAUAUAAAUAAAAACAACCAAGAUAUCAAAUAAAUGAGAAGUUGAAACAAUUAUCUGAGUGGAAUGAAUAAAAAUAUAAUCAUAAAAAGUAGUUACAUUAAUUUCAAUAUAUAGGCUUAUAUAUUAUCCUAGAGCUAAAAGCUCAGAAAGCUCAAUUGAAGGACAAAAUAGUAAAAAAGCAUCUUAAUUUUUUUUACUAUUGCCUUAUCACUGUUCUGCUCAAAAGAGAUUCUAUUAAUGUAGGAUGAUGUGGAAACGGUUGAUAUUAGCAGUGGAAGUUAUACUAUAUUACAGUAAAUUAUAGAAGGAACAAUUAAUAUCUAAGACUGCGUCAUGUCCUCACAUUCCUCCUAAAAGAAACAGUCUUAAAAGUCUUAAUUAUCCUACAAGUCCACCAAAAAGGAAAUUCAGAAGUAGAACUUAGGGGGAUGGAAAGAAUUAACUAAAUGGUUUUGGAGAUUACAUCAAAGCAAUGUAUGAGAGUGAAAAAUAAAAAAGAGAAUUAUGCUCAAAAUCAGUUAUCAUUAAGGAAUUUCGAUGUCAUGAUUCAAGAAUAAAAAGACUUGGGACAUCUAAAAUUUAUGAUCAAACUCUUGAUCUCUCUAAAAAUGGAUGUGCAAGUAUCAAAGAUCCUAAUUAACUUCCUCCUCUUAUUUCGAUUAUUGCCCCUUACAAAGAUGAAAACAUUAGAAUAAAGAGGGUAUCUUCUACAAUGAUAAGAAGAAUAAGAACUCUCAGAUUAUAUUGA